UUCUAAGUUUCAUAAUAUUGUUUACUUUAAGUAUGAGUUCCAUCCAAGUCCUCUCCACCACUACAAUAUAUGCACCAAAUCACUCAAAUGAUCAUACAAUUGAUCUAACACCAUGGGAUCUUCAAUUCCUUCCAUUUGAAGUCAACCAAAAGGGUCUUCUUUAUCGCCAUCCUUUAAAACUAGACACAUCAAACCAAAUCCAACACCUUAAACAAUCUCUUUCAUCCACCCUUGAAUUUUUCCCACCAUUUACAGGUCGUCUCAAAAUCACAGAACACGGAGAUAACAAUAUCUCGUGUUUCAUCACGUGCAACAAUGAAGGUGCACUCUUUGUCCAUGCCGCAGCUGAAAAGACAAGUGUCGAUGACAUCCUUGGGCCUACUUAUCUUCCUCGGAUUCUCCAUUCAUUUUUUCCACUUAACGGAGUUAAGAACUAUCAAGGCACGUCAGAGCCAUUACUUGUCAUCCAAGUAACGGAGCUAGUUGAUGGUAUCUUCAUUGGUUGCGCAAUUAAUCACAUGGUUUGUGAUGGUACUUCGAUUUGGCGUUUCAUCAAUUCAUGGGCCAAAGCCUCGAAAGGAUGUUUUGAAAAAUCCAAAAUCCCUUCAUUCGAACGUUGGUUCCCAAAAUUUGUUCAACAUCCGAUUCGAUUUCAUUUUACAAUAGAGUCACAGAAUAAUCACUCUAGUAAUGAUAUUUAUAAAGAAGAAAAACCCAACUCAGUAGAGAGAACAUUUCAUUUCACGAAAGGGAAUAUCGCGAAAUUAAAACUCAAAGCCAACUUAGAGGCUGGUACAAAGAACAUAUCUUCUUUGCAAGCACUUCUCACUCACAUUUGGCGAUCUAUUAUACGUUCCAAAAAUCUUGAUCCAGAAGAAGAAGUGAAUUAUGUGGUGGUUAUAGGCGUUAGACCAAGGUUGAUUCCUCCGUUGAAAGAGAAUUAUUUUGGUAACGCAAUGUUAGAUUGCAUGGUUACCAUGAAAGCAGGUGAAUUGUUGGAAGAUGGUGGACUUGGUAAAGGUGCUUGGGAGAUGAACAAGAAGAUUGCAUUGCACUCUGAUGAGAAGUUGAAAAAUCACUAUGAGAAUUGGUUAAAGACACCGAGUUUUAUUUCGGUUGGCAUGUUCAAUAGCGAAACAUUAAUUACGGGUAGUUCACCUAGGUUUGAUGUUUAUGGUAAUGAUUUUGGUUGGGGAAAACCCGUGGCAGUUCCAAUUGGAGGUGAAGAAAAUGGAAAUAUUUAUGUGUCUGCUGGUGUAGAAGAAGGUAGUAUGGAUCUUCAAGUGUGUCUUCCUUAUGAAACUUUGGAGGCAAUUGGUAAUGAUACUGAGUUUAUGGAAGUUGUUUCCAACUAAUGAUGGUUCUUAGAAUUAUGCAUAAGCUUCUGUAUACCAUUUCAAUUCAUUUUUUUUAAUUUGUAUUUGUUUAAUGCAUGAAUAAUGAUGUUGAAGUCUUAGUUUUAUAUAUUAUUUUUCUACGUGCUUGGACCAAGUUGUAAUAUGAAUGGUUAAUUAUUCAAUUUUAUG